AUGGAUCAACUGAGUGAUCUUUGUAUUGACAUCUACGAUGAGGCGGAACGGCGUCUAACCAACUCAUUCCUCGAGUCAACUGCUGAGCCACCUAAUUCCACAGGUCCGACUUUCAUUCAUGGUGGUAAUGUCUCAACGCGUCCACUGCCACCUCCCACCACUUCUGGUGGUCGUCCACAUUCAAUGAGCGGAGCUCUUCUCUCAUCAAUUCCUCCAUCCUCUGCAGUCCUCCAGCCAGUCAACAACACUCGUCCUUCCUCGCUUAUUCUUUUCUUUCUCCCGCCCAACACUUCCUAUACCUCCGUGCGCAACCAAGCGCGUCAGAAGUUGGGUCGUCUCUCCAUGACAGCUUUCCGUGCUUUGGUUGUAGAUGUGCUGCAUGAGGCGGCUCGCCGAUUGGUUCCCGUGUUAGAAUCCACUUCGGCUUUACCCCUUGCUGUGGUGAGACCGAAGAUGAGGCAUGAAUAUAUCACUUUCGGAUCGGGGGGAGUUGAUCAGGCAACACAAAUGACGGUGAAUAAUGAUAAUGAACUCCUACUGGUGGUUAGAAAUACUUCCGGUCAAGACGGACAGGGUAUAUCAUCGAGAAAUAAGACCACAAAUGCAACCAAUACUUCAUUUGAGGAUCCAGUGUAUGAUCAGGUGCAAUUAGUCGACUAUAUUAAAUGUUUUAAAAUACAGUAG